CUCUGCUUGUUCCUGUUCCAUAGAUCCCCCCUUCUCUCUCUCUCUCUCUCUCUCUGUAUUAUUAUUCACUGCCUAUAGCCUACAAACCUAAAAACCCCAUUUAAAGAAAGAAAAGAAAUUUCCCACUCUCUUCUUCAGCUCACCCCUGCAAAAGCACUCUCCUUUAUCAAGUUUCCUUACUUGGGUCUUGUUCUCCUUUUCGGUUUUCAUUAUAAUCUUCUCAAGUUUUCUUCUGCGUACUUAAAUUUCACUCUCCAAGCUCCAAGCUUUCCUGAAAACUUGAUCUGGGUUUUGCUUUUUGUUUUUGUUUUUGUGUGCCUUUGAAUCUGGUGUGGAGGUCUAGGGUUUAUCUUUGACAAUCCAAGAUCUAAUAUUUUCAUAUUGCUUAUCGAAUUUCCCCCCUUGGGUUUUGGAAAGGUUGGGCCUUUUUCAGAUUCCUCAACAUGUGCUUGUGUUAAAACCCCACUGAGAUUCCUUUUCAAAUGCUACUCCUUGAUUAAUGCUUCUUUGGUCAUAAAGACCUUCACUUCUCUGCAUUUCCUAUCUGGGUUUUCUCUCUCUUUGAGCUUUCAAAGAGAGAGAGAGAGAGACAAACAGGCUCAUUGUUUUACUUAUCCUUGGCUUGCUUGCUAUGUGAUUCAGUUUCCCAGUUUGACCAACUAUAUAAAAAACCAUGUACAGAGGAAUUGGAAUUCUAUCUCCAACCUCGUAUCUUGAGAACUCAAAUUGGUUGUUUCAAGAGAGCAAUGGAACCGAGUGGACUGCAGAAGAGAACAAGCAAUUUGAAAAUGCUCUUGCUCUUUAUGAUAAGGAUACUCCUGAUCGAUGGUUCAAGGUGGCAGCUAGGAUCCCUGGAAAGACUGUAGGCGACGUGAUCAAACAGUACAAGGAAUUGGAAGAGGAUGUUAGUGAUAUUGAAGCUGGGCUUAUCCCAAUCCCUGGUUACACCAGUAACUCUUUCACAUUGGAGUGGGUUAACAAUCAAGGCUUUGAUGGGUUGAAACAAUUUUACGGUGUUGGUGGAAAGAGAGGCACCUCGACCCGGCCUGCUGAUCAGGAAAGGAAGAAAGGGGUGCCAUGGACAGAAGAAGAACACAGGCAGUUUCUGAUGGGUCUUAAAAAGUAUGGUAAAGGUGACUGGAGAAACAUCUCUCGCAAUUUUGUGACCACAAGGACGCCUACUCAGGUAGCCAGUCAUGCUCAAAAAUACUUUAUUAGGCAACUUACAGGAGGGAAGGACAAGAGAAGAUCCAGCAUCCAUGAUAUCACAACCGUCAAUCUCCAAGAUAACAAACCUCCCUCACCAGACAGCAAAAGCCCUCCAUCACCAGACCAUUCUUCCACAGUGGUGCAGUCACAGCAGCAUCAAAAGGUGGCUGGCAUGAGUGAACAACAAUUUGACUGGAAAUCGCCAAAUGAGGGGCAGCCUAUGGUUUUCAAUUCAGCAAAUGGGAGCACCUUCAUGGGACCAUUUUGUGGGAUUUCUUCAUAUGUACCUAAGCUUGAGGAGCAAAAUUUUCUCAGUGGCAAUCUUCAUGGAUCUCAACUGGGGCAUUACAAUGCGCGUUUUCAGAUGCAAUCGAUGCGAUACCAGUGAACCUGUGCAUGGAGGGUGCUAGAGCUAUAAAAAUGCCAGACUAUUGCUCUCCCUCCAUGCUACAUCAAGGUUUUUAUGUGGUGAAAAAGUUGAUGAUGAGGACAUUGAGUUAGUCCCCUAGUUUUAGACUCUACAGAGAGAUCAGUUAGUUCAUCUUGUGAUUUAAUAUUCAAAUUCUGAAAGUCCGAAAGAAGGGAAGCUUAUUUACAUGAAAGCUUGAGCUUUAUCACUUGUGAUUCUGGUUGUGUGCUUGGGGAUUUUGAGAAUAGUCAGAAAUGAGAGAGUAAUUUUGAGAUUGAGUU